CUACAACAUUUGUCGAAUCUCUGAUCCUCGCUGUGUCCCAUCUUCAUCUUCUCUAUAUAAGGGUUGUUCCAUGUUGGCAUGUGAAUCGCUGGUAGAACGUUUUGUGGGGCUGGAAGCGCUGAAUCUUCUGAGAUGCGUGACGCCAUUGGAGUUGUUUACUCUUCAGCCAAACGUCCUACUAAAACGACCCGUCCAACUCUCUUUUCUCAAGAUCGAUUGCCUCAGUUCGCCGUAAAAUUUUAUGUUUUGCUCUGCGGAUAAUGUCAGAACUACUACAUUUCAUCCAAGAUCGGGAAGCCGCGUUCAAAAACCAAAGCCGCCUCGCAUCGCUAUACUCUAAUUUCUCGGCUCAAAAGACGCUCAACCCGUCAGGUUACGCUGCGAAUCUGUCCGCGUGGAAAAGGGCCCUGUUUCACGCCUGUCGCAAGGGCAAAGUCCCCGCUGUCGCAGCAGCAAAUACGCAAAGUAUCAAGAGAAGAACAGUAGCGCACGAGGGAGGUAAAGAAGAAGAAGAAGAAGAAGCUGCAGCGACAGAUUACCUAUCACUGUCUACGGGAGAAGAGCUAGCUCGUGCCCUCGAACUCCGGCCCUAUGGACGGCCCACCGGGUUGGAAGAAGUGAUAAAAGAUGCAACGGAAAAGAAGGAGCUGGUGCCUUUGAAUGAGUAUCUACAACAGCACGAAAGCAUAUACAGCAAGCGAUGGAUACCAACUCCGUGGGAAGUCGUGCGUUGGGGUAUUCGCACUCUCACCCUGGGGCUGCUUUACUCUCAACCAAGUGACUUUACCAUAGGCAGAUUCGUCGUCGUCGAGAACGUUGAGUUGGCGUCGCAGGCAGUUCUUGAGCUGCAGCGAACCUUGGAUAACAGCAGCACUGCAGGCAUCUACUCGCUCAAGACUUUCACAAGCACAUUCGAGCGCGUUCUGGGCCAAGGCAGUGUGUUAAGCGCUGCAGAUAUGCAGGUGCUUCUCAGAUUCAUGAGCAGAGAUCGCCCGAGUUUGACUUACGAUGCUGAGACGGGCACCAUCAAAUUUGCGAGCAGUGAGGCAUCGAAACCCCCGCCAAUAGAAGCGAGUGACGUCUCCAUAGCGCAAGUCAAGACGCUGCAGCUCUCACUGUCCCAGGCUGUCCCGCCGUUGGAAGCGCGAUACGCGGAGUUGGACGCACGUGUACGUGACGCAGUUGCGAAGAAGCAAAUCUCUGCCGCAAAGUCUUUCCUCAAGGCAAGAAAGUUGGUCGAGUGCACGCUUGAACAACGACGUGCCAAUCUCCUGCAAGUUGAGGAAAGCUUGCACGCGAUAGACAACGCGGCAAACAAUGUGGCGCUCGUUGAUGCGAUGAAGGAGAGCACGAAAGUUCUGCGUGAUCUGAACUCGCGUGUUGGCGGAGUAGAAGGCGUAGAACGUGUCACAGAUGCGAUGCGUGAAGAGAUGGCUACUGUGGAGGAUGUUAAUCGUGUCAUGGCCGAGCCAGUUUCUGAUACGGUCAUUGACGAGGAAGAGGUUGAUGAGGAGUUUGAGGCCCUUCUUGCGGCCGAGAAGGCGAAGGAGGAUGCUGCCAAGGAGGAGCUGCGCAAAAAGCAGGCCGAGGCGGAAGAAGAAGAGCGUAGGAAGAAGGCUGAGGAUGAAGAGAAACAGAGGUUGAAGAAGUUGGAGGAGGACGAAGUGAAAGAAAGGCUGAGGAGACUGGAAGAAUGGGAAAAGUUUCAGAAGGAAGCCAAAAAGGCGGAAGAGACGAAGGCCGCAGAAGAACAGGCCGCCAAGGAAGAGCUGGAGAGGAGAUUUGCAGACCUGAAGAAGCAGGACUUGAAUGCUGAAGAUCACCCAGAGGCUUCCGAGCAAGAUGUUGAGAGCACGAGAGAGGGCGUUCAGGAUAUACGUCUGAAAGACAAUGGUGCGCGGGAGAGUUCAAAAAAGACUGAAGAAAAGCCAAUCAAAGAGCCGGUCGCCGCAUCUUGAUUAGAGAGGCGGAUCCGUUGGUAUAUCAUGAAUGAAGCACCGGAUACUCUCGGUAUAUAUAAUAUAUGCAAAUACCCAAUGUUACUUCGUAAACUAAA